AUGGUGCAUGUGUAUAGAGAGGUUAAUGGUUGUGCUAAUUUGCUAGCUAAGCAUGGAAAGGAGUUCAAGGGUGGCUACACGAGAUUUCAGUGCAUGCCUUAUUGGUUGGUGAAGAGUUUUGAUAGUGAUAGAAAGAGUGUCUCUCAUCCUAGAGUAGAAAUUAGAGAUAAUGAAGGGAACAAGUUGAAUCAAUUGGAGGAAUAUGAAUGGAAGCCACUUUUCUGUGAGAUAUGUCAGAAGAUUGGCCAUCAAUGCAAUAGAGAAAAGAAGGCCCCAGUCAAGCAAUGGCGGGAGGUAAAGGACAAGGAGAAAGCACCAUUACCUGAGGUAUGUACUCCAAAUAACCCUAUUGAGCAAGCUUCAUCCUCUUGGACUGAAGUGACUAAAAACAAAAGAGCAAAAGGAAAGAUAGUCUUGCUUGAACCUGAGAGAAUUGAUGAGGUGCCCUGCCAAAAUGGAUAUGAGGCUCUAGAUGGUAGUGUGGAAGCUGGGGGAGGGGAUCCGAUGAAUAAGGCUUCUACCAUUAGGAACCAGAUAGGCCAGCAGUGGUCUAUUAUUGACAACUAUGAUAAGCAUUACAAUGGUAUAAUUUGGCUCAUGUGGGAUAGUAGUAGAGUGAGGGUUGAGAAGGUCUCUAGUUCGGAUCAGUGUAUCCAUGUGGGCAUCUACAACCUGAAUGGAACUCUGCAACAAUGGUGCAUGGCUGUAUAUGCCCAUAAUACAUUGAAUUUGAGAAGAAAAAUGUGGGAAGAGUUAGAGAAUAUCCACAAGAUAACCACGGGCCCUUGGUUAGUAAUGGGGGACUAUAAUAAUGUUCUAUCUGUGAAUGACAGGCUAGGUGGUAACAAGGUAAAAGAAAGUGAAUACUCUGAUCUGGCUAGCAUGAUGGAUAGAGUUGGUUUAUUUGAGAAAGAGAGUAAGGGUGACCACUAUACUUGGAGCAACAAACAUAGCACAGGGACUAUAUACUCUCGUAUUGAUAGAGUAAUUGGCAAUUUGGAUUGGCAUCAAGAUAACAUUGACUUUGUGCUGGUGAUAAUGGAACCUAGUGUAUCUGACCAUUGCCUUUUAAAGCUGCAGCAAAAACAUCAGGGGCACCAUCAUAAGUACCAUUUCAAAUUCCCUAAUGUUGUAACUGACAUAGAAGGUUUUAUGCAAGAGGUUGAUAAGAACUGGAACCAAUAG